UGUUUGUCUCUCUUUCUCCCUUUGUAUUUACAGUCGCCCAGUCGUCUGGAGACAGCGGCCGGCACUUCAAGUGAACAUACCACAGGACGCCAAUUGCAACGUGUCCUCCACUAUUCGAUGACACCAUGCAUGCAAGGACCCUUAAGAUCCGAAUGUGCCAUUCAUGAUGUUGACUGUGAUGAAGUUUAUCCUGGCAUCUAUAUUGGUGAUGCAGCAUCGGCGAAAAAUAAAACUUUCCUGCGCAUGAAAGGUAUUACACACGUCUUAAAUGCCGCCGAAGGUUGUCGUUAUGGCCAAGUUGAUACAGGGCACAGCUAUUAUCGUGAUAUGCCAAGCAUAAGGUAUAUGGGCUUCCCAAUGGUUGAUGCUCCAACAACAGAUAUUUCACGUUAUUUCUAUGUGGCCGCCAAAUUCAUCGACAAUGCACUGAGCAGUGGAGGUAAAGUUUUGGUGCACUGUUUGGUCGGUAUGUCUCGUUCGGCAACCUGUGUUCUGGCCUAUCUUAUGAUUUGCCGGAAAAUGACAGCUGUUGAGGCCAUACGCAAAGUUCGCAUGCAUCGUGAUAUUCACCCCAAUGAUGGUUUCCUACAACAAUUGGCUGAUCUUGAUAUGGAACUUAAGCGGAAAAGUCUAUAUCCCUAUUAAACCAAACACUA